UGGGUGCGCGCGCACUUAGCAACAUACACACCUUCAUAACCGAGAAACUUCAGAACUUCAUGUAUGAAAAAUUUUCAUUCUAUCGCAGACUGCCGUUCUUUUGCUAUUGAAAUGAAAAUUUCUUUCAAGUACUUCAGAGGUUUGCUAUGAAACGUUUUGUUAAUUUGAUACCCCGAGCAUAGGUACUUUGAACAGUAUCCAUCAUAUUUAAAUGGUUUGAUCCUAAGUGCUAAAUAAUAGGAUACUAUAGAACAAAAGAAACUCCAAAGAUUCCGAAUGUAAAACUUGAGUUUGAGACCAGUUUUUCAUUGCUUUGUCGCAGUGCUGGCAAUUUCUUCUAUACUGAACACACAACUCGAGAUUGAUUCGUUUUAGAAUAUUUCUUCAGUAAAAAUGGUGCAGUCAAACCCGAAUCGAAAGGGCCCUAAAAUGAAGGUUCUUGAUCCUGACAUCGACUACUCAAAGAUCAAAAGCGUGCACAGCAUUUCGUCCUGGUGGGGAAUCGGUGGCAUCUUUCUGAUUCUCUUCAUCGGGAAUCUCACCAGUUACACAAACUCACAUCUUCCUGAUGCUUUACGUAAUGCGGAUCUGGCGAAAUUUCCGAACGUUUUCAUCGCUGAGCGAGCGUAUAAGGAUUUGAAAAUUUUGAACGACUUCGGCCCAAGACCUACCGGAAGCUAUGCCAACGAAGUGUUGGCAGUAGACUUUUUGAUGCGAGAAAUCUCCUACAUCGAUCAACUGCGUAACAAAAACCAACAAAUAGUCGUUGACCGACAGACCGUUUCCGGUGGUUACGUUGGAGUCUACAUGAAUAAGUCCGCUACCAGUGUUUAUCGAAACGUGCAGAAUGUCGUUGCAAAAUUGGAAGGCCAUAACAAAAACGAAGCACUGCUCCUUAACUGUCACUUUGAUUCGGUGGCCACAAGUCCGGGAGCCAGUGACGAUCUAUCGGGUUGCGCAAUUAUGCUGGAGAUAUUGCGUGUUUUAUCGCGCCAGUCGGAAAUCAAUCGGAACACGAUCAUCUUUCUAUUCAAUGGGGCCGAAGAAACACCCCUUCAAGCAUCCCAUGGGUUCAUCACUCAGCACGCUUGGGCCAAGGAUGUACGCGCUUUCAUAAACCUCGAAUCAGCCGGGUCAGGUGGCAAAGAAAUGCUGUUCCAGAGUGGUCCUCGAAAUCCAUGGCUAAUAGAAAUGUAUGCCAACGCUAUCAAGUAUCCGUACGCUCAAGCAGCUGCCGAAGAAGUGUUCCAAUCGGGUGUCAUCCCCUCCGAUACGGACUUUCGCGUAUUUCGGGACUCGGGUGGCGUCACUGGUAUGGAUUUCGCGUACACCGCUAAUGGCUAUCGAUACCACACCAGGUUUGACUCGAUCGAAUACAUUCCAAUGGCUGUACUUCAACGCACUGGUGACAACAUCCUCUCGCUUACCAAAACCAUAGCGAAUUCAGCGAACCUAGCACAAGGACAGCGAAAGGUCGAGCAUACCGUAUUCUUCGAUUUUCUAGGUCUAGUUUUCGUACAUUAUUCGGCAGAUGUCGGACUAAUGAUAAACCUAACGGUAGUUCUGCUAUCGAUCAUCAUUCCAUUCCUGUCCCUUGCUCGAUCAACCAGCGGCACCCAUGGCCGGCAAAUUCGUUCGGAAACGAUGAUCGGCUUCGUGGCUACCUUCCUGGGUGCCGGAGUGAGUGCGUUGGUAUGUUUCCUGCUCGGCUAUCAACUGGAUGCAAUCGGCCGAUCGAUGUCCUGGUUCUCUUCGACCAAUCUGGUCCUCGGGGUCUACUGCUGCCCGGCGCUCUUGUUCCAAUGUCUGGUGCACAUUUUGUGCGGAAAGGUUUUCGGCAGUAAAACGACUCCACUGAGCUUGGCGCUGAAGGUACAGGCCCGUUUGAACGGCGUCAAUCUGUUCUGGGGCAUGGUGACCCUCGGUAUCACGUUUACCGGCUACCGGAUCGCCUACAUUUUCAUGAUUAUGAUUUUCAUCUCACUGCUAUCCAACACGCUGAUCUCGAUGUUGGGAAUACAAAACUCCGUCCACAAGUGGCUGUACAUCCAUUUGUUCUUCCAAAUCUUCGCGAUCCUGUGGAGCACCCAGUUCUACCACAUGGUACUGAAUCUGUUCAUUCCGAUUACCGGACGCAUCGGGGCUUCCAUCAAUCCGGACCUGAUCAUCGGAGCAAUGGCCACAUUCCUUACCUUACUGACUUGUAGCUACAUGACACCGUUGUUGUUUCUGCUGAAAAAGACUGACAAAUUGAUCGGAGAACUGGUCGCGAUCACACUCAUUGCGUUCGUCCUAGCCGCUUCCAGCCAUGUUGGAUUUCCGUACCGGGAUGAUGGUUUGAAAUCCCCAUCGGUUCAACGGCACUAUAUUACGCACACUCUCAGAACAUUCCACGACUAUAACGGGGGCAUUCGGUACACGGAUUCCGGAUUUCUGCUGCAGGAAUUGGAUCGCAACGCCAAGAAAACAAUCGAAGGAAUUGCAAUGCCCGACGAGAUUACCCCGAUGCGCAAGAUACCGGCCUGCGAAAAGGAGCUGUUCUGCGCUAUUCCGUUCUAUUCCAUCUGGCAUCAGGUUUUGUUCGAAAAUUACUGGAUUCCCGGUCCCCAACCGUUGGUUCAUUCGGCUGUGAAAUGCACACUAAGGGAUAAGAAAAAAGAGUCGGACCACAAUCACGUAUUGCAUCUGACGCUGCAGGGUGACCAUCAGUGUGCUCUGGUAAUUGGACCUAGGGCAGGAGUUUCGCUCCAGAAAUGGAGCAUUGUCGAGGAGUUGGCUGCCCCGAUAGAGUUCAACGGACAACGGGGAUACUUUGUACUGAUCAGCAGUGGAUCGAAUCCGGGUCCCAUGAACUUCACGUUGCAUUUGCGACAUGAAGCUGCCGAUUUCGACGGUCCGCUCAUAGAUCUUAUGGUAACAACAACGUUUUGGGAGCACCAAAAACAGCACACACCCGUCUUCAACAAGUUGCUGGCACGUGUUCCUAAUUGGGCACACGUCGUGCCCUCAGUGGCCGCCAUCAAUAGCUACAUUUUCUAAACACUCUACAUCCCAUAAUGUUAAACAAAUGUGCAUUGCAUUUAGUCAAUUUACUGAUAUUAGAUUUCGUUUUCGACCAAAUUAAACGCUACGUUCUCAAAUUAAACAGUUAGAUCUGAUAAAAUAAUUUAAAACUUUUUAGAGUUCUUUUAAACGUUACGGUUAUUACUUUAAAAAUCUUACGAUAUCUGACAAACCUAUUCACAUCGGCAGAAUAUGCACAUCCUUAAAACACUGUUUCUAAGCAAAUUUUUUAAAUAAGGACUGCUUGACAAUAGUUUUCUAGAACUAGUCGGAUAAUAAAAUCUGUUUUUUGGCAAGAGCUUGCAAAGUUAAAUACAACACUUAUCUCACACCAAAACACUCAAUAAUAUUAACCACACAGGUUUACUAAUUGCUUCUCUUUCCAGCAGUUUAAUGACGAGUUUGAUAGGAAAAAAAAAAACUUAAUAAAAUCACUUAGGGAGUACAGAUCUCAAGUCCGAAGCACAAAGCGGUUUGCCUACUUCACUUUGGUUGGAAGUAAUAAAGGAAACAUGUUUGAGCUUUUAA